AUGGUCACGAGGGUCUAUGAGGAUCCCUAUGUUUUUGUGUCCCUGAUGAACGUCCUAUUCGCGUUGGGUGUGGUGAUCAACAGCCUUACCCUGUUCGUCAUCUGGGUGGCCUCGCCGCUCGCGAUGAAGCGCUAUAAGGAUGUGCUCCUCGGUUAUCAGCUAAUCUCAACUCUGACUGAAGUGUUUAUCCACCUCGGCUUGCCCGAAAUUUUCCUGCCAGUCUUGGCUGUGAAAGUGCAUGGCCCACUAUUUGCUCCGCUUGAUCCGCGACCGCUAUUUGUGACCCGGGCGCAACAAGGUGGCGACAGUCCGCUGAUGGACGACAUUUUAAAGAUCUUCCCAAACCACUCCUACUUGAAAACCGUUCCUGCUGUUUGGGCGGGCGAUGCUGAAUUUAUUUUGCCUUGGCCAGAAAUCACGUCUGCAUUUAUGUUCGCCAUCGUGGUCCUUGGGAUUAUAUUCGAGGCCGUCGGACUUUGCGCAUUGUUCAUCUGCCAUAGCUACUACUUAUUGGGUGGACACUUAAAAAUGAGUGAAAACCGGCGGCUGAUGCACAAAAGGCUAUUGACAGCGCUGAUUUGGCAGGUCGUCGUUCCAUUUAUAACGAUUGCGGGGCCAUGGGGCGCCGGUGUGAUCAUUGUUUGUGGAAAGAUUGACAUAUCGCAAGAAAUUUGCAACCUACUCUUCUACUUCGACGGUUGCCAUGCGUUACUAUCAUCCGUCCACAUUUUGCUCUUGACUCGCCCAUAUCGGCGAUACAUCUGCGGGAUGGCGAUGCGACCAUUCAGCCGUAGCGUAAGCCCGCAACACAGCGUUGCCUUAGAGCACUUCGAGAAGCCAAUGGCCGCCCUUGUCUAUCAAUUCGGCGCUUUUCUACUUAUGGCGAUGGUGAUUGCGACGGCUGCAUGCUUUUUGUACCGACACCGACAACUACUGGAGCAUGGACACCCGCUCAGGCAACCGGUCUGGCGGAUAGCCAUCGGCGUUGGGAUUCACUAUGUAAUUUAUUGUGGCACCCUUGCCUACAUCAUUCAAAUCGGCCGUGCCGAGAAGGGCGCUGACAGCCUACUGAUGAGCGAGAUUGUGGCCAAAUAUCCGGACUACGCAUUUUUGAGAAGCGUUCCUGGGGUAUGGGUGGCCGAUGGGAGCGCUCCGUUCCCUUUGCUACCGGUUUCACUUCAAACAAUGUUCUGCUUGGUCAUCGUGGGUAUCGGUCUGGUUAUACAUAGUUAUUACCUAUUGGAUGGUCACGUGAAAAUGAGCGAAAGUCGGCGACUGAUGCAUAAGAAGCUGCUCACUGCGCUGGUUUGGCAGGUCGUUGUUCCAUUUAUCACGUUGGCCGCACCUUGGGGAGCAGGAGCGGUGAUCGUAUACCAGCAACUCGAGAUCUCCCAGGAGACGGCGAAUUUGUUGUUCUAUUUUAUGGGAUGCCACGGACUGAUGUCUCCGGUGCAAAUCGUGCUUUUGACACGGCCUUAUCGACUAUACGUGUUCCGCCUCGCGAUGCGCCCCUUUAGCCGCCAAGUUAGCCCCAAGCACAGCAUUGCUAUUGAGAAAUCGAUGAUCUCGCUGGUCUACGUCAACCCUGCGAGGCUACGACGUGGUUCACUAAGGACGCGCCAUGAAUCCCUACCGAAUAAAUAC